AUGUAUACUCCUCAAAAAACUCCCAUCAAAAUUAGAUGGCACAAACCACCAAAAGGAUGGUUUAAACUAAAUAUUGAUGCCAGUUUUGACAGUGGUACACAAAAAUGUGGUCUGGAAGGUGUAUUCACGAAUGCCAAUGGACAUUGGAUAGUGGACUUUGGAGAACCAUCCCAUGCAAGUGGAUCAUUAGAAGCAGAAAUAAAAGCUCUCCUGGAGGGACUUAAAACAGCCCAAGAAUGGGGAAUGUUCCCUCUUGAAAUAGAGACAGAUUCCGUGGAGGUUAUUCAAUCUAUCCAACAGGGUAAUAGAUUAUAUGAUGACAUUGUUAAUGAAUGCAGGGUGUUAAAGCACCAGCAGAAGGAGAUAACCCUCCAGCACACAUUCACGCAAGGGAAUAGUAUAGCUCAUCAGAUGGCUAAGAAGGUUGUGGAUCAAACGGAAGAUGACAUUGUUUCUUUCCUGCCAUAUAUAGUAAACUGCAGCAGCUAA